AUGGUUACACGAGGCUUUUGGGGCAGUCAUCACUAUUGGUGCCAGGUUGUACAAUCAGUUGAAGGGAUCCUGGGCGUUUGGCACUAUGACGAGCGCAAGAACGCAGGGUUUGCUCAGCUUAUCUCUCGCAACGUCAACAGUAUCGCUGGGUGCUCAGAUCACACCUCCUGGGUCUGUUACUCAAGGGUGCCAUUUGAAGAAGAGAGAAAAAAGAUUGAAGCGGCAAUUAUUUCAAUGAUGAAAAACUUUCCUACCCGCCACCACAGCAUAACUUUCAGCAUGCCAACUGCUUCCGCCCCUUUUGGAGGAGGACUUCCUUCACUCGAAGAAACCGUAGAUGAUAGCACGGCCCCCACAACUGUCGACAUCGAUGCUGAAGAUCACCUGCUCAAUCUUCAGAUUUGGAUGAACUCGACAUACAUGAUCAAGAAGAUCCGCCUGACUCUCCUUCAGUUUUGGAUGAACUCGACCGACAUGUGUGACAACUACCGCCUGCCUCUCCUUCUGUGGAAUGUCUCGACCCCCGGUCCUUUGAAGAUCAAGCUGUUGGUGCAGAAGCAAGGACUGGAUCCUUUACUUCCAGUUGAACCAAAGACAAAGAAGUCGGUAACUGUGAAAGCAGAAAGCGGCCCCACUGCCGCUCAGAAGCGCAAGGCUGCUGCCGCUGAGAAGCGUAAGUCGGCAGCAGCAGAGAAGCGCAAAGCUACAGCCGACAAACGUAAAGCGGCAGAUGAGGAGUGCAUGGCUGCCGCCGAAUUGCACAAGGCUGCAGCUGCAGAGAAGCGGAAAGCUGCAGCGGAAAGGCGUGAUUUGGCAAAAAAGAAGGAUGAGGCUUGA